AUGGAAAUUGAUUAUCAGACUCGUUUAACAGCAAUGUUGGAUGUGACACACUUUCUAUUAAAGCAAGGGUUGCCCUUUCGUGGACACGAUCAAUUAACUAGUUCUUCAAAUAGAGAGAUCACACUUGCUAUAAUCAAUGAUAUUAGAGAUAAAUUCUUUUCUUUAAUGGUUGAUGAGACUCAGGACAGUUUAGUGAAGGAGCAUAUGGGAGUUGUUUUGAGGUAUGUGAAUAAAAAAGGAUGUGUGAUUGAACGAUUUCUUGCAGUUGUGCAUGUGCCUGACACUAGUUCUCAUUCUUCGAAAAUGGCUAUUGAUGCUUUAUUUGUGCAACAUGGUUUAUCAUUAUCUAGAUUGAGAGACCAAGGAUAUGAUGAAGCUUCAAAUAUGCGUGGUGAAUUCAAUGGAUUGAAAUCUCUGAUACUACAAGAAAAUCUAUUUUCAAUGUAUGUUCACUGUUUCUCUCACCAGCUCCAAUUAAUUCUUUUUGCUGUUGCCCAUGACAAUUUUACUGUGAGUGAAUUUUUUGGGUAUAUCACUAUGAUCGUGAAUAUAUCUGGAGCAUCUUUGAUAGAAGUGUUAGGAAAUGUACAUGAUGAUGCCUCUUAUUCUGCGAAUAAAGGUGUUGCCGCAGACAACAUGCUAACUCGUGGUCAUGGUAGGCAUAGAGGGCAACUCAUCACCAAUUUUCAUCAUUAUCGUGUGGAGAUUUUUUGUCAGGAUGAUCCUUACUUUUCUUCAAUUGAUGACUUGGGAAUUCUUGCUCAGAAAUUGGUUGAAACUGAAAAACAUUUGAUGUUCCCAUUGGUUUAUCGUAUGAUAGAGUUGUCAUUACUUUUACCAGUUGCAACUGCUUCGGUUGAACGAGUUUUUUCUGCAAUGAAGACUGUGAAGACUGAUUUACACAAUAGAAUGAGAGAUGAAUGGAUGAAUGACAGUCUAGUUGUAUACAUUGAAAAUGAUAUUUUUUCUACAAUUGAAAAUGAGCAAGUUAUGGAGAAUCGGUUGAGUAUUAAGUGGGACAAGGGAAAGACUCUUGACUCUCGAGUUCUAGUCUCUUGGAUUCUUGGUAAAAUCUAA